UGAAGGCCUCGAAUGAGAAAGACUCAACCUCCUUCUGGCGUACCAUUACGGGGCUCCUGGGCCAGGAGCGGAUUGGUCCCAUAUGUACUGUAGAACCCCAGGAGUGGAUGAAAUAUUUUCAAACCUUCUUCUAUGACGACAAAGCUCAGCACAAUGAUCCAAGUGCCUACUCCGAGAACUCACCAUAUUGGCCUCCUGUCUCCAUAGAGGAG